GUAUUUUAUUUUGGUAAUAUUUUUAAAUUUUAGAAAUGUCUUUAAAAUUAAUAUUAUUUAUUUUGAUUAUUUAUUUAUUUUUUGUUUUUCUGGCUUUGUUGAUGCGGUGGUGCGGGGGAGAUGAAGUGGCUUCUUGUCGCCUGCUCUCUUUUUAGUCUGCGAAGAAGGAUGGAAUUGAGUUGAGGCGAUUGAUUGGUUUCGGUUCCAUGGAGCGCUACAGCUGCAACCUCUGCUUCCGCCGCUUCCACAACGGCCGCGCGCUCGGCGGCCACAUGCGCUCGCACGCGGUCUCCUCGCUGGCUGCCGUGGCUCCCCUGCUUCCGGCGGGAGAUUCCUCCGCCUCCGCCUCGUCGAGCCAGCCCCAAGAAGGAGAGGCGGAGGAGGGGAAGGAGGCGGCCGGUUCUUACGGCUUGAGAGCCAAUCCCAGGAAGAGCAUCCGCCUCGCGGACCCUGAGUUCUCUUCGUCCUUCGCCGCUCCGGAGCCGGCGGGAUCCAGCGUCGUCGUCCAGGACCGGGAGAGCGACACCGAGUCUCCCCGAGCGCACCGUGGCCAGGACAAGCGACCGCGCGGGUGCGCGGUUGAGGCGGAGCCGGCGAGCUCCGUCUCCGACGUGACCCCGGCGGAAGACGUCGCCCUCUGCCUAAUGAUGCUCUCCCGCGAUUCUUCUUGGACCGUCGCCGGAGAGAUCCACCCUUCCGAUGGAUCCAACGAUGAAGACGAGGGCGAGGAAGAAGAGGAGGUGGAGGCGCGUCGGGAAAUUACUCCAUCGCGGGCAACUCCGAUGCCGCCGCGGAAGGGGCGGACCCGGUACCAGUGCGGUGCGUGCAAGAAGAUCUUUCGCUCGUACCAAGCGCUCGGUGGCCACCGGGCCAGUCACAAGAAGAACAAUGGCUGCGUCUCCGCCGCGGAGCCCGUCCAGAUCUUUGGCGAGGCUGACUCCGCCGACGCCAAUGGCGGGGCGAAGGUUCACGAGUGCCCCUUCUGUUUCAGAGUCUUCAGCUCCGGCCAAGCUCUAGGAGGCCACAAGAGAGCCCACUUCAGCUCUUCCUCCUCUAUUUCGGUCACCCGCAACAUGCCUAUGUCGGUCCCUCUUUAUCCGCCACCACGCUCUCGGCUGAGCAUGUCACCUGUCGUCGGCUCCGCUACCAAGCGUGCGACCGGCGUCAGCCUCUUCGACCUCAACUUGCCGGCAAUGGCAGAGGACGAGGUCGAGCUGUCAGCCGUUUCUGACAUGGAUUUCCUUGCCAACCCCGCAUCGAGCUGAAUUUACAAGCAUCAUUUCCAACUUCUGAGCAAGCAGGAACCGAGUCCAAGUUCGAGGUAAGAAAUGGACGGAUAAAGAACCCAUAACAAUGAAGCUCAAAUUUUUUUUCUUUCUUUUUUCAGUUGGAUAAAGCUGGUGAUUAUAUUUGUAUGCUUCUGGAUCUGCUUCUCUUUUGCUUUAGCUAAAUCAGUUGCAUAUAUUUUCGUUGCUUGAGUUGCCAUUGUUGCUCA